AUGGUAGAAGUGUUCAAGAAAGUUGAGGUAACCAUCCCCCUCUUUGAUGCUAUCCAUCAAGUUCCUAGAUAUGCUAAAUUCCUCAAAGACUUAUGCAUACAUAAGGACAGAAUUCUUGAAUUGGAAACUAUCCCAUUGGGGAGUUCGAUUUCCGCUUUAAUGGGAACAUUGUCCGAGAAGUGUGAUGAUCCGGGACCUUGUAUGGUCACUUGCACAGUCAAUGGAGUUCAAUUUAGAGAUUGUAUGUGUGACCUUGGAGCAUGUGUUAGCAUCAUGCCACUAUCCGUCUACCGGGUAUUGAACUUACCACCACUAAAGAGGUCGACGGCAAGAUUUGUCCUAGCGGAUAAAAGCAUAAUAACCGUAGCGGGUGUUGCGGAAGAUGUAUUGGUGAAUAUAAAAGGGUUGGCGUUUCCGAUUGACUUCUAUGUCCUUGAAAUGCCAUCAAGCGAAAUCGAGAGAGCAUCGUCUAUCCUACUUGGAAGACCAUUCUUGAGGACUUCUAGAUUUAAACUUGAUGCUUACUCGGGGAACUACUCAUUUGAAAUAGAUGGGAGAAUUGUAAGCUUUAGCCUAGAGGAAGCAAUGAAGCAUCCACUGAAGAACCACUCUUUAUUUCGGUGUGAUCCAAUUGAUAACAUAGUGGCCGAAGUACAUCUAGCAAAGUUAGAUGAGAAGUAUAUGGUUGAAGAAGCAAAUGAAAAGUCAAGCGAACUAAAGACCACACAUCAUGCAAAUCAUCCGGAAACUCAAACCUCAAAGAAUGACAAAAAGAUGGAAUUGAAGCCACUACCACCUCACCUAAGGUAUUCAUACCUUGAUGAAGCCCAAGAGCUACCCGUGAUAAUUGCACAAGAGCUAACCCCUCAACAGGAAGAGAAAUUGCUAAAUGUAUUGAGAAGAAACAAAAGGGCAAUCGGGUGGAGUUUGGCGGAUCUAGUGGGAAUAAGCCCCAAAGUAACCUUGAAAAAGUCUUAG